AUAUGACGUUGAACGUAACGAAUGCGCAGAUCAGCGCCAAUAAUUGUAUUGUCCUGGCGACGGGGGAUUGGAAUGUACUUAUUUGUUGUUUAUGGCACGGCUGGCGUUCCGGGAAUGAAUGGGCCCUAGGCGUCUUUUAUUGUGAGUAAAGCGCGUGAGGCAAUAAUAUAAUGGAGCUGUGGGAGAAAGAUGUUAGGGGGAGGCACGAUCAUUCAUGGUCUAUUGCCGGCGGUUAAUGGGGUCCAGACUUGUACAUAUGGCUACAGACGAGAAUUGGAGAGCGACGGGUGUAGAUAAGAAUGAAGCGAAGGCGGUCAUGCUUUAGGGAAAAUAUAUUAGGCCCCCUCCCCUCGGGGUUCCACGGCCAUGGCAUUUCUGACAUCGCCGCACGUCGAAUCAUAUGUGGAUCCCUCGAGCAUGAGGUGCUGGGCAUGUCAUUGGUGGGUAUUUCAUCCGCGAGGCGUUAUGCGGUUAUGGUGGGAGAGGAAGGUUUCGUUGGAGGUUUUGGCCCGUCGAGAGAUGAAUUAUGAUAAAUGCAGGACGAUAGAGACGAUAGGUUCAUUUGUGGGACGCCUGUCGGUUUCCCUAGGGCCUGAAGGACGACGUCUGGACAUAAUUAGUGGAGCGGUAACAUCUUGUUAUGAUUGGCGACACAGUACGGAUGUGGCUACGCUGGGAUUGAGGACUGCCAUGGAACAAGGAACUGAUAGGGUCUGUCAGAUAUUUUUUGGCGCGACGCUAAUAGUCUGCGAAGCCCAAGCUGAGCGAAAGAUGAGGAAAUAUUUUGCCGCAUUUUUGACCAAGGCUUUCGUAAGACAUACAGUGAGGACGAGAUCAAUGUUAUGCCACGCCCAGCCCGCCGUCCAAUUUAAAGAACAUUGGACUGCUGGGCGCUAUAUUCCAAAUGCGCCCGCAGGUUUAUGGGGGAGGAAAGGAUGUAAUUUAAGCGGCGGUGAGAGACCUCCGUGGUUCUAAAAAGAAAUAUAGCGGCUAGUAUGGUCCGAUGGAGAAAAGCAGUC